CAGUUUUUCCUAAGGCUCCAGUUUGUGCCAUGGGCCUGUUGCUCUGUUGGAGGAGACCCAGUCCCUGCUCCCAGGCAGCACACAGCCUAGAAGAAAGAGGGCAGGGACACACAGCUCUGGCCUUCAUGAGCUCCCAGUCAGGAAACAGCAGAAAUGAGAAAGCCAGAAAACUACUAUGACUGAGGGCAAGAACCUGGAUCCAAGGCCAGCCUUGGAUGGGAAAACAAAGGAGAAAAGGGCAAUUCAAACAAGAGAACUGUGCAGAGGGACCAAGGCUGGCAUGGGAAUCCCUUUGGCAUUGGGAGGGAGGUUGGGAGACCUACCUGGGCUGACCGUCUCAAGAGAGGUUGGAUCAAGAUCAAGCAAGACUCCAGGCCUGGGGUUGCCAAGCGCCCAGACAAUUCUUCUCUCUCCCCUUGCCCAGGGUCUGACUCAGACGAUGCAGCGCCAUGUGGAUCCUGAAGCCUUGCAGAGGAUGGUCAAAUGUGCCACACAGGACUAUACCUACAAGGGUUCCAUUCCAGGCCACCCCUACUUCCCUGAGAAGUACUGGCUCUCUCAAGAGGAAGACAAAUGCAGUCCAAACUACCUGUGCAGUGACCGGUACACAUGGAGGACUGGACCGUACAACAGCAACUGCUGGAACAAGUAUCCCACCUACCUUCCCCGGCUGCCUAAGGAGGCUGGGAUGGAGACGGCAGUUCGAGGAAUGCCCUUGGAGUGCCCUCCUAAGCCGGAGCGGCUCAAUGCCUACGAGCGCGAAGUGGUGGUGAACAUGCUGAACUCACUGUCACGGAACCAGCCGCGGCCGCAGAUCACGCCCCGAUGCGGGUGCGUGGACCCGCUGCCCGGCCGCCUGCCCUUCCAAGGUUAUGAAAGCGCCUGCUCCGGCCGCCACUACUGUCUGCGCGGGAUGGACCACUGCGUCACCGGAGCGCCCUGCAGCGAUCGCCGCCUGCGGCCUCUGUGCGGGGACCAGCCGACUGUAAGGGUUGUAUCGCCCUACGAGCACAGGCCCGGAAUGCGAUGUGCUGUUACAACUCACCCGCCGUCGUACUACCCAUGUCCGAACCUUAGAUGGGACACAAGUCACUUCAAGAAAUCUGGUGGUCCCCAGAGAAACAACUAUGUCGUCCAUCCUGAGUUUGUGUCCGAGACCUACCCCGGCUACUGUUGCUGGUAGAACUUGAGCUAAUAGAGCCUGGGCUGGCCGGGCCAAGGGGGCGAAGCAAUAAAUAAACUCUUCACCCCCAAA